GACAUCAUCGGUCAUGUGACGCGCGUCGUCAGUGUUGCAGGAAGUGAAGCCGCUAUGGCGACAGCAGGAGCGUUACUCUCUGAAUCUGUGCUCGGAUGGUCCAUUUUUACCAUCGUUUUACUGGUCAUCUUGGCCUUCUGCUGGGUUUAUAUUCGGAAGUUUCAGAGCCGGCAGGAGAGCGAGGUCAUCUCCACCAUCACAGCAAUAUGCGCUCUGGCCAUUGCACUCAUCACAUCAGCUCUUCUGCCUGUGGAUAUCUUUCUAGUGUCCUUCAUGAAGUACCCCAAUGGCACAUACAAGAACUGGGCAGCAAACAACGAAACAAGGCAGCAGAUUGAAGACACAGUUUUGUAUGGCUACUAUACUCUGUAUUCCAUCAUCCUGUUCUGUGUCUUCCUCUGGAUCCCCUUUGUGUACUUCUACUAUGAAGAAAAAGACGAAGACAACAGCAACAAGUGCUCGCAAGUGAAAAACGCACUGAAGUACACAACAGGAUUUGUGAUCGUAUGUUCAGCGCUGCUUUUGAUAGGAGCGUUUGUUCCUCUGGCGCCUCCUCCCAGCCAGAACGCCACCAGUGAGUGGGAGAAGGUCCAAUAUCUGUUCCAGGAGUUGGGCAGCAGUCAAGGCCUGGCCGCCCUGUCGUUCUCCAUCAGCUCGCUCACCUUGAUUGGCAUGCUGGCAGUGAUCACAUACACGGCUUACGGGAUGUCCGUCCUGCCGCUGAACCUGAUUAAAGGCACGCGCAGCGUCGUUUACGAGCGUUUGGAGAACACGGAAGACACAGAGGAGGUGGAGCAUCAGAUAGACAAGCUCAAAGCCAAGUGUGCUGAUGGGCGUCCGCUGUCGAUGAGAGAUAGGAGGAGUCUCCAGGAUCUGGAAGCCAAGCUAUUGGUUCUCUGUCGGCGGGGGCAUCACUUGGAGAUUGCAGAGAGGAACUGUUGCAAUAAAGUGGGCUCUGCCCUUCGCCCUGUGAAGAUUUUGCUUGGGGUCUUCUUCAUCCUGGUGGCUCUUUUGUUCAUCGUGACCUUGUUUAUUUCAAAUCUGGAUCAGGCUUUACAUUCAGCUGGUAUCAGCACUGGGUUUAUCAUCUUUGGGACCAACUUAACCAACCCGCUUAAUGAGCUACUGCUGGCGCUGCAACCGGUUUUUCCUCUGGAUUAUGUUCUGAUCACCAUCAUCACCAUGUAUUUUGUCUUUACAUCCAUGGCCGGCAUUCGUAACAUGGGUAUUUGGUUCUUCUGGAUGCGGCUGUAUAAAAUCAGGCCUAAGAGAACCCGUCCACAGGCCCUCCUCUUCCUCUGCAUGAUCCUGCUUCUCAUCGUCCUCCACACCAGCUACAUGAUCUACAGUCUGGCCCCGCAGUACGUCAUGUACGGCAGCCAGAAGUACCUGCUGCAGACCCCGCUGCCCACCUCAGAGCCAUCACAGGGGAAUCGUUCCACUACCAUCACGAAGAUAUGUGACGCUGGCGCUCCUGAAGACCAGUGCACGGUAACCAGAUCAUAUCUGUUUCUACACAAGUUUUGGUUCUUCAGCACCGUCUACUAUUUUGGCAACUGGGCUUUCCUUGUGGUGUUUUUCAUCGGUCUGGUUGUGUCGUGUUGUAAGGGGAAGAAAUCUGUGAUUGAAGGUGAAGUUGAUGCAGACGACUCAGAUGUCAGUGAUGAUGAAUAUGUGCAUUAACUCUAUGACACAACCACCCGACACUCUGCUGGUGUUACUAAAAUAUUAAAAUAUUUCUAGAAGUUAAAGCUAGAAUACAUAUUUAUUUAGCAAUUCAUUGAUAAGGGAGAAAGAUAUUUAGGUUCUUAAAAAAAGAAUGAAUGUUUAACUAUGCCAAAUAGAUUUCUUGUUCAUGUUUAACUCGUAGUGAUCCGAUAUGCUAACUUGUCUUUACUAGUGACCCUCACUACUAUGGGUACGUUGUGUAUGCACGUCAAACAACAUUUUGUUUUCUACUGUAAUACAAAAAGGGUUUUCUCUCUGGCAUAAGACCAAAUUAUGUUUGAAAUAAAGACAAGGUACGCUCUUCGUUGUAAAAAAGGUUUAGAUUUUGAUUAUUUAAAAUAUUUGAGUUUUUUAUGCUGUUUAUUUGUGAUUUUGCAUGUAGGCAUGAUCUUCCUGUGUUUUUGAUGUGCGCUUCCUUUAAUGUUGCUUUAAUCUUUGUUGAAUUGACAUCAUUCUGGUGAAGGGAUCUUAAAAACCCCUCUUCAUUUAUUUGAGAUUUUUAUUUUUCAAGGAUUGCAGUACUUGCAAUUAAAUCAAAGUGAAAUGAGACAAGACUAAAAUGGUUUAAAUAAUGUAUGUAUUAUACAGUAUUAGCCUUUUUGGGGGUUCUGGGCUUAACUUUUUCAGAAUUCAUGUAUUAUUGCAGUUUUUAACCAUUAAUAAAGACUAAAACUGUA